AUGAGCGACGAACACGAUGAAGGAUCGUACAUAGACGAAGACGAGGAGGAAGAGGAAGGAAUGACGAGCUCGGAGUUCCAGGCGAGCUCUUAUCUACGGUUCGGCGAGCCGAUGCGAGCCGGAGAAGAUAUGAUCGUGAGCGACGAGCCCGCAGAGGGGGUCGGUCGGGAGGAGGGGACGAGGGAGAUGUCGGAGUUCGGCGAGGAGGAGCUGGACAGUUUGGCGGAGGCGUCUGAGGACGAGGUGGUCCGGCGGGCGCUGGACAUCCUCGGCCUGGACGCCGACGGCCGGGUCUUGCCGCUCUCGGCCGACCAGGAGCUGCUCCUCCAGUCCCUCUGGGCCAAGCCUGGCGCUACCGACCUCCGCUCCGGCCUCGCCCCGGCCUCCGCCAAACCGCUCGACCCCGACUCGGCGCUGGCCCCUCCCUGGCUCCGCAGCCUCCGCCACUCCGUCCUCUUCACGCCCCCCUCAGACCCUCAGGAGGAAGAACACCUGGUCAACGCGAUCAAGAAGAAUCUCGGCUCGAUCGUCAACAACCUUUCUGAAGACCAAUGGCGAUAUCCGCCUCCGCCGUCCUUCUUACCCUCGACGAGCUGUUCGGCGACUCGUGCGAAUCUCGAAGGCCUCGAAGGCGGCCAUUCGACGAGCCACGAACACGAAGCCUACCUGCAACGGGAGUUCAACCCUCUCUCCCUCGUCUCCUCGCUCCCGGGCGAUGCGCUCUCCGAGUUGGCCCAGCCGCCGCGCCAGCUCUGGCUGGGGGAGGAUGAGGACGACGGGCUGGACUCCGAGGCCAGCCUGAUCGACCUCCUCAACGCCUCUCCCGCCCUCCCCGAUUCUGCAAACCACUCCCAUCUCUCCCCCACUUGGCCUGUCCCCCGCCGCUCAAACACGCGACAUGCCCAGAGUAGCUCCUUGGCUAAGCAAGUCAGCCGCUUGGGGAUGACUGAAUAA